CAGCUAUUGGUCAUCAAAGAAAAAAAAUGUUCAUUUUUCGGCAACCUUCUUCAAGUAAAGCCAACCAUCAUUCACAGAAUAUCUUAUUACUCAUUUCACCAAAAUAUUUUGACCCUUCCCUGCACUUAGUCAUUGGCAUAAACUGCUCUUUUCAAAUUACUCAUUUCCAUUCAUCUACUUUCGUUCCUACCAUGGCAGCAAAAAUGGUUGCUGAUGCUCUUGUUUCUAAUUUCGUUCAGAUGACAAUUGACAGUUUGGCUUCUCGUUUUAAGGACUACUUUCGUGGAAGAAAACUCAAUAAGGAGCUGCUGAGCAAAAUGAAGGUGAAGCUACAAGCCAUCGAUGUUCUUGCUGAUGAUGCAGAACUUAAGCAGUUCAGAGAUGCACGUGUCAGAGAUUGGCUUUUUAAGGCCAAAGAUGUAGUGUUUGAAGCAGAGGAUCUCUUCGAAGAAAUAGACUAUGAACUCCCCAAAUGCCAAGUAGAAGCUGAAUCCCAGCCCAUUCUUAACAAGGUGAGCAAUUUCUUCAAACCUUCUUCUUUGAGCUCUUUUGGCAAGGAAAUUGAAUCAAAGAUGGAACAAAUCCUUAAAGACCUGGAUGAUCUUGAAAGCCAAAGUGGUUGUCUAGGUUUGACAAGGACUAGUGGUGUUGGGGUUGGAUCCGGAUCAGGUAGUAUAGUGUUAGAGAAAUUGCCAUCAGCAUCUUCGGUGGUAGAAAGUGAUAUUUAUGGCAGAGAUGAUGACAAAAAAUUGAUCUUCCACUGGAUCACUUCUGACACUGAUGAAAAGCUAUCAAUACUUUCUAUCGUGGGCAUGGGCGGGUUGGGUAAGACCACGCUUGCCCAACUUGUAUACAAUGACCCAAGAAUAGUGAGUAAGUUUGAUGUCAAAGCUUGGAUCUGUGUUUCAGAGGAAUUUAAUGUUUUCAACGUAUCAAGAGCAAUUCUUGACACGAUUACUGAUUCGACUGAUCAUGGUAGAGUGCUAGAAAUAGUUCAGAGAAGACUAAAAGAAAAAUUGGCAGAUAAAAAAUUUCUCCUCGUUUUGGAUGACGUUUGGAACGUAAGCAGGCCUAAAUGGGAAGCUGUGCAGAAUGCUCUUGUUUGCGGAGCUCAGGGAAGUAAGAUCCUUGUCACAACACGCAGUCAGAAAGUUGCUUCUACCAUGCGGUCAGAACAAUACCACUUGCAGGAAUUACAAGAAGAUUAUUGCUGGAAGUUGUCCGCGACACAUGCAUUUGGAGGUGGUAAUCCUCAACUAAAUCCAGAGUGCAACGAGAUUGGUAUGAAGAUAGUUGAAAAAUGUAGAGGACUUCCUCUAGCCUUGAAGUCAAUGGGAAGUCUAUUACACAACAAAUCAUUUGUUUCAGAUUGGGAAAACAUAUUGAAAAGUGAGAUAUGGGAAACAGAGGAUAGUGAUAUUGUUCCUGCUUUAGCACUGAGCUAUCACCACCUUCCUCCCCAUCUCAAGACAUGCUUUGCUUACUGUGCUUUAUUCCCCAAGGAUUAUGAGUUUGACAAGGAGUGUUUAAUUCAGUUGUGGAUGGCUGAAAAUUUCCUACACUGCCAUCAAGGCAGUAAGAGUCCAGAAGAAGUUGGCCAACAGUACUUCAAUGAUCUACUAUCAAGGUCCUUCUUUCAACAAUCAAGCGAAAAUAAAGAAGUAUUUGUCAUGCAUAAGCUUCUAAAUGAUUUGGCAAAAUAUGUUGGUGGGGACAUCUAUUUUAUGUUGGAAGUUGAUCAAACAAAAAUUGCACAGAAAGCAACCCGUCAUUUUUCUGUCGCUGUUAAUCAACCUUUUGAUGGGUUUGGAACUUCAUGUGACACUGAAAGGCUACGUACAUUCAUGCCAACACAUAGGAACAUGAAUGGAAAUUAUCAUGAUUGGCAGUGCAAGAUGUCGAUACAUGAAUUGUUCUCCAAGUUUAAGUUCUUACGCGUCUUAUCUCUGUCUCACUGUUCAAACAUUGAAGAGCUGCCUGACUCUGUUUGCAAUUUUAAACAUCUUCGUUCGUUAGACCUUUCCCAUACUGGCAUUAAAAAACUACCUGAAUCCACAUGUUCACUCUACAACUUGCAAAUACUGAAGCUGAAUCAUUGUAGAUCUUUGAAGGAGCUGCCUGACUCUGUUUGCAAUUUUAAACAUCUUCGUUCGUUAGACCUUUCCGAGACUGGCAUUAAAAAACUACUUGAAUCCACAUGUUCACUCUCCAACUUGCAAAUACUGAAGCUGAACUAUUGUAGAAAAUUGAAGGAGCUGCCCUCGAAUUUGCAUGAACUCACCAAUUUGUGUGUUUUAUCUUUGGAUUCGUGUUCUUUUCUUACACAAGUGCCCAACUCUGUAGGUGAUCUUAAACAUCUUCGUUCAUUAGACCUUUCCCGUACUUGUAUACAAAAACUACCUGAUUCAACAUGUUCACUCUCCAACUUGCAAAUACUGAAGCUGAACUAUUGUAGAAAAUUGAAGGAGCUGCCCUCGAAUUUGCAUGAACUCACCAAUUUGUGUGUUUUAUCUUUGGAUUCGUGUUCUUUUCUUACACAAGUGCCCAACUCUGUAGGUGAUCUUAAACAUCUUCGUUCAUUAGACCUUUCCCGUACUUGUAUACAAAAACUACCUGAUUCAACAUGUUCGCUCUCCAACUUGCAAAUACUGAAGCUGAAUGGUUGUAUAUAUUUGAAGGAGCUGCCCUCGAAUUUGCAUGAACUCACCAAUUUGCAUCGCCUUGAAUUUGUAAUUACUGACAUUAUAAAGGUGCCACCGCAUCUGGGAAAGCUGAAGAAUCUUCAAGUAUCCAUGAGUUCUUUUGAUGUUGGCAAAAGUAGCGAGUUCACUAUUCAGCAAUUAGGAGAGCUCAAUCUUCAUGGAAGAUUAUCAUUUAGCGAGCUGCAGAAUAUUGAGAAUUCCUCAGAUGCAUUAGCUGCAGAUUUGAAAAAUAAAACAGACCUUGUGAAACUAGAGUUUGGAUGGAAUUCGCACCGGAACCCUGAUGAUCACGCCAAAGAAAGGGAUGUAGUUGUAAUUGAGAAUCUACAACCUUCCAAACACCUGAAGGAGUUAUCAAUCAUCAACUAUGGUGGUAAACAAUUCCCAAAUUGGUUAUCCGAUAAUUCUUUAUCAAAUGUGGUGUCCUUAGUGUUGCGCAACUGUCAAUCUUGCCAACGUUUGCCUUCCCUUGGACUUUUGCCAAUUCUCAAGAAGCUUGAGAUUUCAAGUCUUGAUGGGAUAGUGAGCAUUGGCGCUGAUUUUCAUGGGAAUAGCACUUCUUCAUUUCCAUCGUUGCAAACAUUGAAGUUCUCCUUUAUGAAAGCAUGGGAAAAAUGGGAAUGUCAAGCUGUGACAGGUGCUUUUCCAUGUCUUCAAUAUCUUUCUAUAAGGUAUUGUCCCAAGCUGAAAGGUGACCUCCCAGAGCAACUUCUUCCUUUAAAGAAGCUAGAAAUUAGUGAGUGCAAACAACUUGAGGCUUCAGCUCCCAGGGCUCUAGUACUAGACCUGAAAGACACUGGAAAGCUGCAACUGCAACUUGACUGGGCUACUUUGAAAAUGCUCAGCAUGGGCGGACACAGCAUGGAAGCAUUGUUGCUGGAAAAGUCUGAUACUUUGAAAAAACUGUAUAUUUAUUGUUGCCCGAUAGAUGAAAUGUGUUGCGAUUGUGGAAUGAGUGAUGAUGGCCGUGACUCUCUAAAGACUUUUCCGCUAGAUUUCUUCCCAGCACUCAGGACCCUUUGUCUCAGUGGCUUUCGUAAUCUACAGAUGUUUACACAGGAUCACACCCUUAAUCAUCUUCAAGAUCUGACAAUCAGAAAGUGCCCUCAAUUAGAAUCAUUGCCUGGAAGCAUGCAUAUGCACCUUCCAUCUCUCAAGAAGCUAAGGAUAUCUGAUUGUCCAAGAGUUGAGUCGUUCCCUGAAGGAGGUUUGCCAUCAAAUCUAAAAAAUAUGCAACUCAUGAGAUGCUCGUCCGGACUCAUGGCCUCACUGAAAGGGGCUUCGGGAGACAAUCCCUCUCUGGAAAUGUUGUGGAUAAGUAAGCUGGAUGCGGAAUCUUUUCCCGAUGAAGGUUUGCUGCCACUCUCUCUUACUUGUCUAUGGAUCAAUGAUUUUCCAAAUCUAAAAAAACUGGACUACAAGGGGCUCUGUCAGCUCUCCUCUCUCAAGCAAUUGAGUCUUCAGGAGUGCCCCAACCUCCAACAGCUACCAGAGGAGGGUCUUCCCAUAUCCAUUUCACGUCUUAAGAUUAAUGGCUGCCCCAACCUCGAGCACCGUUGCCAGAAACCAGGAGGCGAAGACUGGCCAAAGAUUGCCUACCUUGGAUUCGUGCAUUUUGGAAUCAUUAGAGUGCCUCUGUGAGUUUUAACUAAUAACUUCUUUA